AUGGCGCAUCAGGAGGACCGAGACCUCCUUUUCGGGAGGCUGCUCGCGAAGAAGGACAACAAGAUGUGCUUCGACUGCACGACGCCGAACCCGAAGUGGACGUCGAAAAACUUUGGCGUGUUCGUGUGCUUGGACUGCAGCGGAAUCCAUCGCUCGCUCGGCGUGCACAUAUCCCAGGUCAAGUCCGCGAACAUGGACCGAUGGAGCAAGGAGGAGCUCGAUCUGUUCCGCGUCAGCGGCGGGAACCAGAAAGCGCGGACGUUCUUCGCGCAGCACGGGUGGGGCUCGAGCGAGCGCGGGCAGAUCUCACAAAAGUACACCUCGCGAGCCGCGGGGUUGUACAAGCAGUUCCUCGCGCGAGAGAUCGCGGCGAAGAACAGCGCGCUGUCGCCCCCGACGUCGCCGAACGCGGCGAACACG